AUGCCACUCCGCGCGCACCGCGACUCUGGACGUGCCCUCCUCCCCGCCCUCUCCCACACUACACCCUCACCACCGCCGCUCCGCGUGUGCUUGACGCACUUCUCUACAAUCUCGCCCACCACUCACUCGCCCGCUCCUCCUCCCCCGAUGUUCUUCUCCAAGACCAAGUCAAGCGCGCCCGCGCCCCACACGCGCGCCUCCAGCGCCGCAUCCCCCACCACAACCGCCACUCCGCCCGCGUACCCGUCCGAGCUCGCGACGCUGCAGUACCAGCAGGACCUCCUCCGCGACUUCUGGAGCGGCUCCGCCGCGGGCCCGCUCCCGCCGCCGCCGGUGCCCGUCGCCGUCUCCCCCACGUCGGCCGACGCGUCGCGGAGCUCGUCCUUCGACCUCGGCGAGGGCCAGAAGACCAAGUGGGGCUCCGUCAUCCUCGGCCGCUCGCACAUCGCGCUCGCCGCCGCGCCCGUGCCGAAGCCGCUCUCGCGCACGCUCUUCCUCUUCGGGCUGACGAUCGCCCCGCACACAGUGUGCCCGCUGCUGUGGUUCGUCGGCGCGUUCUUCCUCUUCCGGCCCCCGGCGCCGCGCGCGGUCGAGCUCAACGCGCUCCCGUUCUACACCGUCGCCGAGCGCGAGCGCCGCGUCGCCGCGUACCGCGCCGCGGAGGAGCGCUGGGCGAAGCGCUGCCUCUGGGCCGCCGUCGCUGUGCUCGCCAUCGCCGGCUUCGUCGCCGGGGGCGCGGUCAUGGCCGCGCGGGGGGCGAAGCAGGCCGCUGCUGCAGGCUCGCAAUAG